UAAGCCACUCUCAUCCAAGUAUAUUAAAUUUUUCCGAUGGUCUUUUGACCUCAUUCCAAACGUUUCAAUCAAGAGGCAAACAUUUGAUUUAUUUUUAUAUUGUUUAUUAUUCUUGCGUUUUCAAGAUUUUGUUGGUGCAAAAUUAACCCGAAUGAUAGUGUUUAACCCAUAUUAUCAAUAUUACAUCAGUUGUGUACACUUACAGACUAAAAUUAGUGAUAACCGUAUUGCGAGCAAGAGCAAAAGACUAAAGUUCGGUUUGGCUUUUAGCAGGAAAAUUUACAAGUGAAGAAUUUGCAACAGAGGGAAAAUCAUGCCUGGGAAAUUGUUGAAGAUUGGUUUUAUUGGUGGCGGCAAGAUGGCACAGGCUAUGGCGAAAGGAUUCAUAUCGGCUGGUCUAGCCAAACCAGAAACUAUAAUUUCCAGCUCUCAUCCGUCUGAUGUGGUCAGUCUACAAGCAUUUAAAGAUCUAGGUGCAGAAUCCAUAACCGACAACCUACCAGUAGUCGACAAAUCCGAAGUGGUAAUAGUUGCGGUGAAGCCCCACAUAGUUCCUAUAGCUCUCGGCGACAUAAAAACCUCCAGCGUAGCCAAAGACAAGCUCUUCUUAUCCGUAGCCAUGGGUGUGACCAUUAAACAGUUGGAACAAAUUUUGCCGAAACAGUCCAGAGUGAUUCGAGUGAUGCCCAACACACCGGCUCUAGUGCAAAGCGGAGCUUCGGUUUUCGUUAGGGGCAGUACUUCUACUGAGGGCGACACCACAACUACCAAGAGACUGCUGCAGAGCAUUGGUACUUGCGAGGAGGUUACUGAGGGCCUGAUGGACGCCGUUACGGCUUUGAGCGGAUCUGGACCAGCUUAUGUUUACCUAUUUAUUGAAGCCUUGGCAGACGGUGGUGUAAAAAUGGGCCUACCCAGAGACUUGGCUUACCGGCUAGCAGCUCAAACAGUCUUGGGCGCAGGCAGGAUGGUCAGAGACCUUAAACAACACCCGGGAGUGCUCAAAGACGAUGUAACUUCGCCUGGAGGAUCCACGGCUACGGGAAUACACUUUUUGGAAACAAAAGCGUUUAGAGGAACUGUGAUAGGAGCCAUAGAGGCGGCUACUCAAAGAUGUAGAGAAGUGGCCAAAGCUGGCCAUUAGUUGACUGUCUGGUUGUUCAAUACAGUCAUUGUGAUUGGUGUCAGUGGGAGAUGGUUGUUGAAACAAAAAAGCCUAUUUAUUUAGUAUAUUAUUCGUCUAACAUUUAGACUCCAUAUUUUUCAGUGUUUUCUAAAAAUAUAUACCUAGUUUUUUUUUAUAAACAA